AUGAGCGCACAAACUAUAAGAAAAUCAGUUGAAAAAUUCGUGCAAGGUGUAGUUCACAACUUCAGUGGGGAGUACCUCAGAAGGCCAACCGAAGAAGAUCUUGCUUAUCUAUUGUAUGUUGGUGCUCAACGCGGUUUUCCUGGUUCGAGAAAUGAUAUCAACGUGCUUCACCAAUUGCCUGUUUUCUCAGAUAUAUUGGAAGGUCGAGCACCAAAGGUUAGUUAUGUGAUAAAUGGCCAUGAAAAAGAUAUGGGAUAUUAUCUCACUGAUGGUAUAUAUCCUUCAUGGGCAGCAUUUGUCAAAUCUGUUAAUGGUCCACAAACUCGAAAACAUCAACUGUUUGCUCAACAUCAAGAGGCUGCUCGAAAAGAUGUUGAGCGAGCAUUUGGAAUUUUACAAGCUCGUUUCAAUUUUAUCAAACGACCAUGUCUCAUGUGGGAUCGUGAUAUGAUGAGAAAAGUAAUGCUUGCUUGCAUCAUUAUGCACAAUAUGAUAGUGGAAGACGAGCGACAUACUUACUUAAAUUACUGUGAUCCAACAAAAUUUAUGGAAGUUAGAAGGUUUAAUAGCCAAAGUGGAGAUGUUGAAGCUAAUGAUGAUCCUAAUUUUGAAUUUUCCACGGAACGGAUUGCAAGUCUUGAAAGCUAUAUGAGGAACAGGACACAACUUCGUAACAGGGAAGCUCACAAUGCUCUUAAAAAUGACUUGAUCGAGCAUAUUUGGCAAAAGUUUGGCGAUGAUAAUUAA